AUGGCAGCGAGCAGCGUGUCCGUGCUCCUCGUCCCUGGGAGCGGGGACGGCGCCCAGGCGGGACGGGCGCGGGCCCUCACAUGGUGCCCGCUGCCCCGAGGCGGCGGUAGCGGCCGUUUUUCCGCGGCCGGCGGCGUCUGCCGCACCGCCUCCUCCAACCGGGGUGUUUCUUGCCGGCGUCGCUGGCGCCGCUACGUCCAGAAGGCCGCGUCGCUCAGCAACGCGGCGGACGCGGCGGGACCUGCGGCCAUGGCCUCCAAGGCGGGCAAAAAGAGGGGUCUCGGCAGCCCGAACAACUCGAUGCAGCAGGGCGCCUCCGCCAAAGAGCUAGAUCUGUAUCGUUUGGGAGCGUGGAGAUUUCCUGUUUGGCCAGAAUGGACUGAAGCAGAUAUCAAUGCAGAAAAAUGGGAUGUUGCAAAAGUUGGAAAAGAGAAAGAAAAAGCUGGAAAAAGUCCCACUUCACAUGUCUUUGAGGAUCCUGAAGGGAAAAUAGAGUUGCCAGCAUCCCUAGAAGUGCAUUCAUGGAAACGUCCACAAGAGUUUUUAACAAAUAAAAUUCCUGUGGUUGUCAAAAAUGAAACCUCAUUUGACCUUUUUUCAGCAAAUGAGCAUAUACUUUGUAGUGAGCUAAUGAGAUGGAUUAUAAGUGAAAUCUAUGUAGUCUGGAGGGUAUAUAAUGAGAAGACCCUAACUAAUGAAACAUCCACACUUUUUUGGAAACCAUGGGAACACAUUUAUGCCUUAUGUAAAGCUACCAAGGGACACAUGCCACUGUACAAUAGCUAUGGAAAAUACGUAGUGAAGCUUUAUUGGAUGGGAUGCUGGAGAAAGAUCAUUGUGGAUGACAGUAUGCCUUUCAAUGAAGAGGAUAACUUGUUACUACCAGCUACAACCUGUCAAACUGAACUUUGGCCAAUGUUGCUGUCCAAAGCUAUCAUUAAGCUGGCAAAUAUUAGUAAACAUGAAACUGGAAAAAGAGAGCUGGAGGAAUUCACAGUUGUACAUACACUGACUGGUUGGAUACCAGAAGUUAUUCCUCUCCAGUCUGGAUACUUGGACAAAGUCUGGAGCUUUUUGAAAAAGAUUGUGCCAGAAUUCAAGUUACCAAAUAAGAAAACUCCAGAACUUGAUAAUCAUCAGUCAGACAGAAAACCUAAAGAGACCAAUGGAUCAGAGUUAAAAAAUGAAGUUUUAUCUGUGAAUAAGCAGUCAGAUAAACAUGAGAAAGCAGAGAAACAUGAGAAAAAAAAAGCAGAGCUGAAAGAAAUUGGAAAGAAGAAAAGCAAGGAAGUAGAAAAAGAAAAAAACAAGUUAGCAGUUCAGUCUUCACAAAUGUUUGCAGAAGCCCAACAUUGUUUUCAGACCUUAGCUGACAAAUCUUCUGUGCCAACCCAGCCAGAAAUGGUCGUGUAUGCUGGCUUUAUACCACUAUAUUUGUUUGAAGAGGAUAUUUUUUCAUUAAGAAAAAUGUCUGAUUCUUCAGAGAAGCUGAGGCACUAUGGGCUUUCCCACACAUAUAGCCAUCCUGUCCUGAUUAUUAAGACUAGGUCCUGUCCUCUGGUAGCACCGCCAGAACUGCCACCAGUUCCUCGUUGGAAACUUUUCCGUCAGAAAAAAGAAACUGUUGUGUCAUCUGAACCUCAAGAGCCUGUGGUAGAGAAGCCUGAAGAACAUGUGGAGAUUGCUAGCCUAUUUUUGAAUUACAAAUUGGAUCCUAUUACAAUACCCACAUACAACCACGUUCCACAGUCUACCAUCAAAAAAGGAUUUGAUUCCCUAUCCUGUCUCCCUUCUUUUGCUGAAAAUGAUGAAAAUGUAAAUGACAGUAAUGUGGAUAUGAAUCAAAGUGAGAGACACUCAAAUGCAGAAGAUAAUUCUCAGGAGACCACCCUCUUUCGGCAGAAAAAUGCAGAGAGACCCAGUAAAGAAGAAUUACAUGAGACUAGUAGUUUUGAUUCAAAACAAAUGUCAGAAACAGCUGAUACUAUUAUGAACAACCAGACAGAGAAGAAAUCAAAGGAAGAAAUCAAAACAGAAAGGACUUCUGUUUCCAGGGAAACCUGGAUUAGCUUUGAGGAGUUCUGUGUUUGUUUCCAGAACCUGUAUGUUUUCCACAAGCCACAUACAUAUGCUUAUAACUAUCAGAAGACAGAUUUUAAG